AUGGACAACCCUGCAACAAAAUGUGGUUAUUGCGGAGACGUUCUGCAAGUGUCGUCGAGUGGAACAAUUUUAGAUCACAACUAUUUCUCUGCAUACAGAGAAAAUAUAGACAUGAUAAAUGUCGAUACAAAUUCCGUGGACUUGUAUAUUACUGAUCUAUCAGAACGAUCAGUUAAAUUAUUUCGCGGUAAUUUGAGUUAUUGUUUAUUUAUUUAUUUUAAAGGACCAAGACAUUCGGAAGGAGUUGUACAGUCUACCGCACAAUCUACACUCACCCAAGAUGAGCUACUUAUCGAGUUGAUUCGAAUACGAAAGGCUUUAUGGCAUUCCAUUUCGGUCAAAAAAAGAACCAAAUUGAAAAAGGAUAGUUUAUGGCAAGAGAUUGCAUACGUAUUUGAUGGAUCCUUGUUUAUGGAAGCUGCAAAACAAAGAUGGAAACAUCUUCGAGAUUCAUAUAUGAAAGCUCGAAAAAAAAUGCGUGGAUACGUUCGAAGUGGAUCGGGAGCGGAAUCCGGUCAUCCAAUAAAAAGUUCUUUUGCUUAUUACGAGCAAAUAAGGUUUUUCGAUGAUAAGGAAAAGGCAAUACAAAGCGUCAGCUCUAUCCAAUCUCUUUUACAACAAAAUUCAUCCAACACUGACAUGGAUGAUAUGCAAGUGGACAUGACUGCAGACAACUUUACCGAUGAUAAUACCAUACUGGAUGAUUCUGCAUCCAUCAUUUAUCCAUUAUCAAAAUCAUCAAGAAGAUCGUUUUGUUCGUUACAAGGCUCAAAAAGCAGAAAAUCGAUAAAAAUGUGCAAAGGCAAGCUGAUAUCGAAAAUAAAUUUUUGAGUGCUAGACGAAACAUCGAAACAGAAACGUCCUCCAAUUUUCUUCAGUUGGAUCAAUUAUAACUUUAUCUUUUAG